AUGUUGCCUAAAAAGUAUAAGUACUUAUUUGGAAGUGAGAAAAGGAAAAAAAGGAAGUUAGUUGAACAAUUGAAACAAUCACAAAAAGGAGCCAUGGAUAAGUUUGUAAAAACCAUAGGUUCUUCUAAUCAAGAGUUAGGGCCUAAUUUAAUAGAAAAUUUGGUAAACUGCCUCUUAGAUGCCUCAAAUGAACAAGAUGUUGAACAUCCAAAUAUGAGUGAAGAUAAUGAAAAGAUUGAUGGUGUGAGUGAACAUGAGGUCCCCAAUAAUACUGAAAAUUUAUCCGUUGAUGAACAAUCAAUUCCGUUUUUCGAUAUUUGUGAUUCAAGAAAUUGGGAUAAUCUUGAUACUAAAUCAAGAGACAUCCUAGUUGAAAAAGGACCUAAUAGAGAAUUGGGUAUCGUGUUUCCUUUAGAUAACAUGUCUAGACAUUUUUCAUAUGCUUAUUAUGAUAGAAAGUUAAGCAAUGGUGAAACUAGUGAUCGAAAAUGGUUACUUUAUUCAMAAUAUGAGGAUAARGUGUAUUGUUUUUGUUGUAAGUUGUUCAAGUCUAAKAAUUAUAGAAAUGCAAUAGCUAAUGAAGGAUUUAGAGAUUGGAAGCAUCUUGGUGAGAGACUUAAAKAACAUGAGAAUAGUAUUGAACAUAUGAAUAACAUGUUAUCUUGGAAUGAACUAAGAGUAAGAUUUAACACAAACCAAACAAUCGAUAAAGACUUGCAACAAGUGAUUUUAAAAGAGAAAGAACGUUGGAGGAAAGUUUUAGUAAGAAUAAUUGUUGUUGUGAAGUGUCUUGCUAAGUAUUCUUUGCCUUUUAGAGGAUCAAAUGAGAAGUUGUAUCAACGUAGCAAUGGUAAUUUUUUGGGGUUAAUUGAAAUGAUUGGAGAAUUUGAUGUGAUAAUUCAAGAUCAUAUUAGACGCAUUCAAAAUCAUGAAGUUCAUUAUCAUUAUCUUGGCCCUAGAAUUCAAAAUGGGUUAAUUUCUCUUUUGGCUCAUAAUGUUAAAAGUUCUAUCAUGAAAAUUAUUAGAGAUGCUAUAUUUUUCUGUAAUUCUUGA